AGAGUCCAGGUCGCUCCAACUCAUCGUCAUAUACAAAGCAGAUCCUCUUAAGGGAGUUUUGUGAAAGAGAGUUCAGAAUUGAAAAGCAAUGGGGAAUCCAACACAAUCAACCUCCGUUGGGGUGAUAGAGGCUGUGGAGGAGAUCAUGAUGGCCUACAGGUCCCUGCCACCAAGGCCGUCCAUAGAGGAAGUUGAGGCAGCCAUAGCUGUGAUCAGGACAGCAGACAGUGAGCAGGAGCUCAGAGUCUGGGAGAUUGCCAAGACGCAGAGGCCCCCUGAUGUUCCGCAGAAGCUCUUCUCUUUGCUGCAGGAGGUAAAGAGGAACCUAGCCCUGUUGCAGAGCCAGCAGCAUAGGAGGGAGGCCAUGGCCUUGCUGGAGCUGGAUAAGAGCCUUCAAGUGUUUGAUGAAUUGAUUCAGAGAGUAUCUAAGACUGUCUCAGGAGAGGAAACCGAAGAGGAGGAGGAAGAGGAGAAGUGGAAGGAGGAAGUUAACGAUGGGAUUGGUAGAAGUUUGAGUUUGGUCGAAAAAUUGAAGGAUGAGAAGAAAGAGGAGGCGAAUUCUUUAUCGAAGCUUGAUGAUGCCCACUCAGUUAAUGGCGAUACAAAGCUAAGCCUCAUCCAAGUGGCAAACUUAAUUGAAACUUCAGCUAAGAAAGGAGUUCGAGUCAUUGAUCUCCAAGGCAAGCUAAUGGACCAAAUCGAGUGGCUUCCAAACUCACUUGGAAAAUUACAAGAAGCCACUGAAUUGAAGAUAUCAGAGAACCGAAUCAUGGCUCUUCCAACGUCUAUAGGAAGCUUGAAAUGCUUAACAAAGCUUGACAUCCACUCCAAUCAACUCAUAAACCUACCUGAAUCAUUUGGAGAACUAUCCAAUCUGAUCGAUCUCGAUUUGCAUGCAAACCGCCUAAAAACUCUGCCUUCUACAUUUGGGAACCUUACAAAUCUAGUCAACCUCAAUCUGAGUUCUAACCAGUUCUAUGUUCUUCCCCACACAAUAGGGAACCUAACAAAUUUGAGAUGGUUGAACAUCGAGACAAAUGAACUUGAAGAGCUCCCUUACACUAUUGGAUCGUGUACUGCUCUCAUCGAGCUCAGGUUAGAUUUCAAUCAGCUAAAAGCAUUACCUGAAGCAAUCGGGAAACUCGAGUGCUUGGAAAUUCUUACACUGCACUACAAUAGAGUUAAAUCAUUGCCUAGUACUAUGUCUUCACUUUCUAAGCUUAAAGAACUCAAUGUCAGCUUCAAUGAGCUUGAGUCGAUCCCUGAGAGCCUUUGCUUGAGUGUUUAA